AUGAACUACAUACCCCAGAACUACGGCAUGGCAGAAACGCUCGCCUAUCUUCAUUCCGGUUCCCCAUACGACCUAGCGAGGCUCUUCGACGAACGUGACCGUGUAGAAAACCAAACGCGUCGACGUCCCGAGACGAAAGGCACAAAGGAAGUCGAGCUCAUACUCCGCGAGCCAACUAUCCGCUCGGUCAAGCAACUUUACCAGAUCUGCAAACAGGCCGAAGUCGCCGCUAAAUACGGCCUCCCCGGUAUAAUCGCAUACAACUUCAGUAAGUCUACCGGUUGGAAUAAACUUAACAUGUCAAAACUACCCUCGCUGCAGCUCAGAAAGCCGAGGGAGACGGGGAGAAAGCCUAGUGGUCUCUUUGGCACCUCCGUUGUCGAGCCUGAUUUCGACAUGUCGAUGUUCUCGUUUAGUAUCGAUCGGCCGUCGUCGCCUGUUAGUGAAGCCGGUGGUUGGAGAGACUUGCCGUAUACGUAUGGGGACUUGGAGAUGGGGUCCCCUAAUCCCCCAGCGACGCCAGAUCUCUACACUACCGAGGAGGAUGAAUGGGAAGUGAGCCGGGCAACAUCCCUUACGGUGACGAAGAUACCUAUUUGGCAGGUCCCGACUUGA